GAUUGAAUUUGUAGAUGCUGUCUCAGUGACACAUGUCAAGUCAAUUAUCAGAGAAGCUAUUUGAAAACAAUGCAAAAAAUAAAAUGUGCCGAGAAUAUUAUAAGUGACAUCAAUGUUCUAUCUCAGUGCCAUACCAUUAUAGUUUAAUUUAUACGUUUAAAUUCGUGUUAAUACGCAUUUACUCUUAAAAUGAAUAUUCUUCCAAAGAAAAGAUGGCAUGUGAGGACGAAAGAAAACAUAGCAAGAGUAAGGAAAGAUGAAGCUGAAGCAGCUGAAAAAGAAAGACAAGAGAGGUUACGUAUAGAUAUUGCAGAUAGAGAAGCUCGUCUUCAUGUCUUGAAACAAAAAAGUAAACAAAAGUUGCAAGAUUUAGAUAUUAAAUUAUGUGAAAAAGAUCCUACUGUUGCAAAACCUGACCAUAUUAAUUUAUUCGAAGAUUUAGAACAUUCGGUAACUUCAACUAAUAAAGAUCAUGACUUAGAAGCAAAAGAAAAAAAGGAAGAAUAUGAAAAGAAGAUUGGAUAUUUGACUUAUCUUGGACAAGAUACCAAUGAGGCUCAAAAGAAGAAAAACUGGUAUGAAGUGCCACCAGAGUCAUCUAGGUAUGUGCGGUCUAGUGAAAUAAAGGAUACAUAUGACAAACUAGUUUUGAAAGACCCUGAUGGCAAGCCAAAGGAAAAAGAAUUAGACAUAAAAGAUGGUGAGGUUUGCUGGAAAGCUAAACAGAGAUUAGAUCCCAUGAAUGCUUUUAAGUCAUUUUGUUCACAAAACCAUACAACUAAUAAAGAAAGAAGUACAAAAGAAGCCCCAUCCAAAUGUUCAGAUAAAAAAUUAAGCAAACCUAAGAGUAAAAAUAUUAACAAAUAUGAAAAUGAUAAAGAAGAAAAACUUAAAAAGUUAAGAGAAGCACGUCUAAAGAGGGAACAGCAAGAAAAAUACAGAACUGAAAUGUUCUUGAAGAAACUUGGUGGCGCUGAGUGUCCCAGUCAAGAACAACCAAAAAUACCUAAAGUAACACCUAAAUACAAUUCCCAAUUCAACCCUGAAUUAGCAAGACAGAAUUAUAGAUAAUACAUACACAAACAACUAUGAGUCUUGUCUAAAACAAUGAACCUCUGCUUUUACACAAUUAUACCUAAUGUCAAGUAGAAAUAUGGUAACAGAAAACCAAACAUUGUGUUAUUUUAUCGAAAGUUAGACAAUCUAUUAGAGAGAAAUAACUGACAGAUAAAGUAUUCCAAUCCUUUGUUGUAUAUUUCAAAUAUUAUAUAGAGUUUAGUGUAAUCUAAGGAAGAUUUAUAUAAAUUAAUCUACUAGCGGUCGCAUGCGACUUCAUAAACGCGAAAUUAAAAAAAAAGCCUUUAAUAUGGACGCAUGCAACUGCUACCUUCCUGUUAAAAUCAGACCAGUAGUUUCAGAUAUUACCUGGAACAAAUGCUGAUUUUAUUAAUUGUUUAUUAUACUCAGAUGUACUUUGAAUGAAGUAUCUAAAAUGUUUUCACUAAUGUAUUGAAAU